GCCACAAGCACCAUGGCAGAGUUCGCAGCCCUCAAAAGAGGCCUCGAGCUUGUUCUAGAGAACGGGUGGACGGAUCUAUGGCUCGAAGGAGAUGCCAAGAUCAUAAUGGAUAUCAUCUCCAAGAGAGGGAGACUGAGAUGUGAAGAGACGAAAAAGCAUGUGAAUUACAUCAAUGUAGUUAUGCCUGAGCUCAGCAACUGCGUGUUGAGCCAUGUUUACAGAGAAGGGAAUCGAGUCGCUGAUAGAUUGGCUAAGUUAGGACAUCAGUUUCAGGAUCCUAAAGUCUGGAGGGUUCAGCCUCCAGACAUAGUCUUGCCAAUUAUCCAUGACGAUGCAAAAGGUUAGAUUGUUCUUAGAACAAAAUGAGCCCAAAAGAAAAACAAGCCAACAUAUGUAAAAAAGAAAAACUUUUGUAACACCAACAUAUAUUCCACUUUAUUAUUUAUAACCCAACAACAAUCUAAAUGGCAAAUGAAUUCCCUUUUGCA